AUGUGGACGACCACGACCGGCUUGAGUGGUCGGCCGCUCCGGCUGAGCAUCACUAUCACGGCUGUGGUUGGUUUCUCGCUAUUCGGCUACAAUCAGGGCAUGAUGGCUGGCCUCCUCAACGGCAAGGAAUUUGUUAACAAUUUCCCAAUCCUUAAAAUGCCCGAAUCUCCAACUGCAUCGGAAAAACACUAUAUCGACGUCAUUCGCGGUGCUGUCACAUCCUGCUAUGAGCUUGGAUGUUUCUUCGGCGCGUUGUUCUCCAUGUUCUUUGGCGAUAGACUUGGUCGCACUCGUCUGAUCUUUGCAGGUGCCAGUAUCCUCAUCGUCGGUGCUUUGCUUACAACCGUCUGCUUUACUGGCAAAUGGGAAGUAGGUCAGUUCGUCAUUGGCCGUGUUAUAUCAGGCAUUGGAAACGGCAUGAACACCGCCACAAUUCCGGUCUGGCAAUCAGAAUGCUCCGGGGCUCACAAUCGUGGCUUUCUGGUUUGUUUCGAGGGUGCGAUGAUUGCUGGUGGCACUUUCAUUGCCUAUUGGGUCGUCUUUGGUCUCUCGCACGCCGCGGACAGCGUUCAGUGGCGAUUCCCUAUUGCGCUCCAGAUUUUCUUCGCUGUGAUUGUGGCCGCCGGCGCCAUGAUGCUCCCGGAUUCCCCCUCGUGGUUUGUGAACAACGGACGUGAUAAGGAGGCUUGCGAAGUUCUCGCUAAGCUCAACAACACCACUCCUGAUUCUGAUAAAGUUCUUCACGACUUCAACUUCUUGAAGAUGGACGUGGAAUCCUCGAAGAAUGUACAGUCAAGCUGGAAGACAGUAUUCACGUUUGGCAAGACCCAGGAAUUCCAGCGUCUUCUCAUUGGUUGCUCCGGCCAAUUCUUCCAGCAGUUCACCGGCUGUAACGCCGCCAUUUACUACUCGACGCUACUCUUCCAAGAAAACCUCAACAUGGGGGAAUAUCUCUCUAUGAUUAUGGGUGGUGUGUUCGCUACUGUCUAUGUUAUUGCAACAAUUCCGUCCUUUUUCAUGAUUGAAAAAGUCGGCCGUCGCAAUCUAUACUUGAUUGGUUUCCUAGGCCAGGGGCUUAGCUUUGUCAUCACAUUCGCUUGCUUGAUCAAACAGAACGAGGAAAACGCCAAGGGAGCUGCCGUUGGUAUCUUCCUCUUCAUUACUUUCUUCGCAUUCACUCUCCUCCCACUGCCCUGGAUCUAUCCACCCGAGAUCAACCCCCUCCGCACCCGUACCGUGGGUGCAGCGGCAUCGACUUGCACCAACUGGAUCUGCAACUUCGCCGUCGUUAUGUUUACGCCGCUCUUUGCUGGUCAGAGUCCAUGGGGCGUGUAUCUUUUCUUCGCACUCUUUAACUUCCUCGGCUUGAUAUUCGGCUUCUUCUUCUAUGUGGAGACAGCCGGCCGUGAGCUUGAAGAGGUCGACAUAAUCUACGCCAAAGCGCAUGUCGACGGAAAGAUGCCGUUCAGAGUCGCCCAUGAAUUGCCCAAGCUCAGCUUCGAACAGAUCGUCGAAUAUUCUCGCGAGCUGGGCUUGGAUACCAACGAUCAUGCUGUACCCGAGAAGAACGAACUUGGUCUCAGCAGUGACAGUGGCAACGAGAUCGAGGAGGUUCAGGAGAAGAAAUAG